GUGAGGGAGGAGGUCAUGUGAUCAGGACACAUGGAGCAGAUUUAAAUAGACCAGAGUCACAGUCGUCAACAACAGGAAUGACCCAGGAGCCAUGGGCGUGGAGCGGCGUCUGGAUGUCCCGGUGUACGACCUGUCCGCCAUCAGAGGCCUGUGGGAGCGGCGAGCGAAGAAACAGAAACUGAGGGAGAAGAAAGAGAGGGAGAGGAGAGAGCAGAGCGCCCUCGCCAGGAUUGAUCAGCAAUGGCAGUACAGGAUCUACUGUAAAACUCUGAAGAGAGAUGAAAAGAACGCGCUACACCAGUAUCUGGAGAGAUCCAACGGCAACCAGCUCAGCAACCUACCCCACAACCUGCCCCAUACAGAUGGAGGAGGUCCAGAAGGUCAGAACUUUCCUCAGACUAAAGCAGAUCCUGAAAACCUGGUCUUCAGAUUGGAAGGAGACAAGUGGAUGUCUUUCCCUAAGGAGCUGCAGUGGAUGACCUAUCUGACAGAAUGGUAUGUGACCCACACUCGGAUCCAGAGACUUCCUGAGUUCUUGGAUCAGUUUUCCAGACUUACCGUCCUGGACCUGUCCAAGAACCAGGUCUGCGAAGUCCCGCCCGAGAUUGGAAAGCUGACGUCACUGAAGGAGCUGAACUUGAGCUACAAUCGUCUGAUGAAGGUGCCUCUGGAGCUGGGAGACUGUGAGGAGCUGCUGAAACUCGAGUUGGCCGGGAACCGACUGUGCGAGCUGCCCUUCGAACUGAGCUCCCUGAAGCAGCUCCACCUGCUGGACAUCUCUGAGAACUGCUUGGUGUCUCUCCCCAUCUGUGUCCUAAGGAUGGACUCACUCAAGACUCUGGAUCUGAGCAACAACCAGCUCAAAGAUCUGCCCCAGGACAUGGACCGCCUACAGAACCUGGAGUCUCUGUUCCUCCAUAAGAACCACCUGUCGUACCUGCCCCAGAGCCUGGCCCUGAUCAGCGCCUUGAAAAUGGUCAUCGUGAGUGGAGACGAGCUCAACUGCAUCCCCACGAGGCUCUGCAGUAGCCCCGAGAUCAAAUUCAUUCGUUUGUACGAGUCUCCGACGCUGCAGCAGAGACAGAAGAGGGAGGAGGAGCAGAGGAGGAGAGAGGAGCAGAGGAGGACCUGGAGAGGUGCAGAGGAUCAGAGAGACAGCUCAGAGAAAGAGUUCCUCCAGGCCUAUGUCAGCACGCUCGCACACAGAGAAUCUGUACCGUACUCCACCACCAAGAUCUCCAUCUCCUGUCAGCUCUGAGGAAGAGAAGAGGAAGAAGAGGAGCACGGAGAUAGGAGAGGAGGAUGAGGAGAAGAAGACGAUAGGAGUAGAAAGAGCAUGGAGAGAGGAAAGGAGGAGGAGGAGAGAAGGAAGAGCAACAGAAGAGACAAAGAGAGGAGGAAGAGGAGGAGAGACAGAAGAGAGGAAGAGAAGAGGAGAGGGGGAGUGAAUGGAGAAGGGUUUUUGGAGUUUUCGUUGUUGUUUGCUCCUGCAUUUGAACCCUAGAUUAGACCAGCAUUUCUCAGACUGUGGUAGGCGCAUGACUGAUACGCAGACUCCCCUUCAGCUCUAGUGUUAUCUUAAAGCCACAGUAUGGAACUUUUUAGACAAAAAAACUAAAGCGUUUCUUUUUUUUUAAUUUUUUUAAUUUGGUUGUUUAAUGUUUAUUGCAUGAAAAACAUGUGUCCUGACUGUGGGCGGGCUUGCAUCUCCACAAACCUGACCUGGCCUGAAGGAUGGCCUCCUCCUGCUCAUUUCCAUGGAAAUGUUGUUCCUUUGGCUGUAAUAUCCCACAGUGUGGCAUAAAACGCAUCUGUCUCCAUGGUUAAUUUUCAGCAGGAUGAUUUUAUCUUUCUAUUUCCAUGGAAACGUGUUAAAUACUGUGGCUUUAAUUUAGAGUUCCAACAUUUUUCUCCUUUGGGUUAGCCUUUGUCCAGAACUUCUCUAGCAGCGGUUAAGUCCUAUUUUAGACCUGGUUUAGACCUGGUUUAGACCUGGUUUAGACCUGGUUUAGACCUGGUUUAGACCUGGUUUAGACCUGGUUUAGAUCAGUUAUAGACCUGGUUUGGUCCUGUUAUAGACCUGCUUUAGUCCUGUUAUAGUCCUGGUCUUGUACUCAGAAGGUUAAAUAUUAUGUAUAUAUGGUUCAUAUUUUUUUGGUUUGAACUGAGCGUCUGAGCAGAUUCUGUAGUUUGAGCUUUUAUUUUCAUUCCAGUUUUAGAAUGAAUGUGUGUGUAUGUUUUGAUGAACCAGAACUCUGGUAGAACUAGACUCGAACGGUGGCGAAUAUCUGGUUGGAUUUUGAGGUGUUUUUUAGGGAUGACUGAAAAUUAGUGUUUUCUGUUUGAGAGAAGAACUCAGCCUAAAUCUGCAGGGUUUGUGUGUUAAACAUGUGUGAAUGAAACAAAACACAACUCCGGGUCUGUUUGUGAUGAGGAACCUACAUUAUAACACAGCUCAGAAAACAGAGUAAUAUGGCCCCUUUAAUCUGUUCCGGUCGCAUGAACUGAACUUUCUCAUUAAUAAAAUGUGAUUGGAUAAAGCUGCUCACACACAGGAACAUGAAACGAUGAAACAAUGAAACAAAGAGAAUGAAAGUGAAAGACAGAUUCCACUGGUGGUCCUGGGCUCAGUAAUCGAGAAUAAUUGAAAAUUAGUUUUUUUUUUCAUAGGAAUUGUAAAAUGUGACUCUAAACAGAGUGUAUAAAGAAGUGGAUGAAGUGAGUGUGACGUCACCCACAGCGUACGGCUCCAGUCAAAUGAAGCUCAUCGAGGCUAGCGGUUAUAGGGGCCAAUUUGGAGCCUAGUUCCACAUUUGGAAUUCCGAACACGAGUAUUAUAGCAACCAAAGAGCGAAUCAGAGGUGAGGCUGUUGAAGGUAACGCCCCUUCCUGUACCGUUGGUUUAGCAGGGAGCGGGCGCUUAACACUGUCAAUCAAACCUGUUGCUAAUGCUAGCAGGAGCAACCUCGGGCAAAGAAGGCGCCUAAUUUGUCUGUUAUUAAUGUUCAUAUCUUGAUUUACAGACACAAUAGUGAAAUAAAAACCUCAGGAUGUAAAGCGGGAUAAUACAAACAUUUUAAGACCAAAAUGACGAGCCUGACAGCAGCAUUUACAGAGAGAUGGGCCAUAGUUUUUCAAUGUAAAGUGAUUUGGAGUCAGAGUUGAUGGUCACGUUCACUUCCUGCUUGGAACACAGCGGCUAGCAGGUUAGCUAUGACCAUUUAUAUAAGGAGUCUAUGCUCUAGAGCAGUGUUGGGAAUUCCUCCUCUUCCAAAACAUGCCGAACACAAAUUGGUGACUUGGCCCUGGCUCAACUCAGACUUUAAAAAAAAAAAAAAAAAAAGUCUUGUGAAUCUUAAAUAUGACCAAACACCAUUAAAAUCCUUUACAACUAAAGCAAAAAUCACUUUUCAUAUUCGUGUUCCAUUGGCAAUAACUUUUUUCUUGUUCUACAGUUCCCUUUAUGUACUGAAUGUUUUAGAAGGUUUUUGUUGAUUGUAAAAUGAGCUGUUUGAAAGUGAAAGUGAAAGUGACUGAAGGCUUUGGGAGUGUGUGUGUUUUGUGGAAGUUUGAAGCGCUGUGUAAGACCAAAGCUUUUGUGAUAUUUUUAGUCAGAUUUAAAUGUUUCUCUAAUGUUUGGAAAUAAAACUACUGAUGCAAA